AUGCCUUCAACCUCUUCAUCAUCCGACACAGUCGGACACAAUGCGCUCCCGGAUUGGACUGUGAUGCCUCAGUCUACAGAAUGGGUCGAUUCAUCCAGUAUAUGCGCCAAACUACACACUGUAAACAAAACCGGACUCAAGGAAUGUAUGUUCUAUCCUUCUGUUCUCGGCUCGCACGGACUGUAUGACACCUUACCUGCUCUCAAAGCACUCCUAUUGAGUAUAGACCGACCUCUCACGAUCGGCAGACAUCCGUCUUGCUCGUAUGUUAUAUCCGACCUCGUGGUGUCGAGUCUCCACUGCAAACUAUAUGCCGUCCGUCCAAGCAAUGGAGGAGUACUGGUAUCAUGUGAAGACAUGUCUACCAACGGGCUUGUUCUGAACGGGCACAAGGUCCGGAAAACCUCAGUCCUCCUGAUGGACGGGGACAUAAUUCAGAUCCCACAUUCCCAGAAGUUUGAAUGCGUACAUCUGCAGAAAGCGACUGCAGAGAAGGCCAACAUCUUUGAUCCAACUCCGCCUACGGCGCCGUCGUUGAGAACCAAGCGUAUUGGCCGUUAUCUUGUGACAUCUCACUGUCUUGGGAGUGGAAGCUUUGCAACUGUCCACCUAGCCAUGGAUGCAUCUGCAUAUAGGCAGGUAGCCUGUAAAACGAUCAAAAGGAAAAGCCAGGACAAGGUAGACAAAGUGAUGAAAGAAGUGGACAUCCUCAUUGCACUCGAUCAUCCCAAUAUCAAUCGCGUAUGGGCCGCUCGUCAUGAUAGUAGUUUCUUACACAUCUUCCUCGAGCUGUGUACCGGUGGUGAUCUUUUUUCCUACAUUGUUGGUCAUGAAAACUCCAGACUCUGUGAAGGAGAAGCCAAGUACAUCAUGUAUCAGCUGCUCAAAGGCUUGAAGUACCUUCAUGAUCGGCUAAUUUCUCAUCGCGAUCUUAAACCAGAGAAUAUUCUCCUUUACACUGCCGGCCCAUAUCCCCGGAUUCAGAUUGCAGACUUCGGUCUCGCCCGUCCUAAAGCCUACCAAGAGACGUUCAAUGUCUGUGGAACGGUCUCGUACCUCCCUCCAGAAGGCAUCCUCGCCCUCGACCACAAGCAUCUUGGCUAUCGUAUGUUUUCCGACAUCACUUAUUGUGAUGGAUUGCUCAGCCGACUGUAUCUAGCGGCGGUCACCCCUUCGAUUAUGAAAGAUUAG